AUGGUUUUGCAAUACGCUAAUUUUGGAUGCUUGAGAGCUUAUCUACAAAAUUCAUUCGAUUCGUUACAAUGGAAAGAUAAACUUCAAAUGGCGUUGGACAUUACUUGCGGUUUAAUGUGUUUACAUUCUGAGAAUAUAAUCCAUCGUGACUUGCACUCAAAAAACAUAUUGGUUCAUAAUGACAGAUUAAUGAUUGCAGAUCUUGGUUUGUCCAAGUCAACUAACGAAUCAACCUCUUCCUCGAUGGUUUGUGGAAUGCCUGCAUACGUUGAACCACAAUGUUAUAAAACGAAAUAUUAUAAGCGGGACAAAAAAUCAGAUAUUUACAGUUUAGGAGUUUUAUUAUGGGAGUUAUCAAGCGGUAACACUCCAUUUUCAGAUCUUGCUCCUCAUGAGGUUAUUAUCGAAAUCUUUAGCGGAAAUAGAGAAAUACCAGUUGAAGACACUCCUUCAGAUUAUAUUCAAAUUUAUCAAAAUUGUUGGCAUGAUGUUCCCAAUUCAAGGCCUGAUAUUGAACAAGUCCAUACACUUUUAACCCAAUUGAAAUCUCAAUUUGAGAGCAAUAAACCUGAUUCAUUGUCCAUAGGUAGUUAUAAUUGCUUAUAUAUUAAAGAUACCUCUGUCUUGACAGAUAAUAUGAAUCAAUCACAAAUGGGAAAUAAAUCUGAUAUAUCAUCGUUGUCAACCACCUUUUCAAACUUUAGCUUAGAUUUAGUCGAAUCUAAAAUUGAAGAUGAUGGCGAAGACGAGAAAGAAAAUUAUAUAGGAUCUACUACUAUUGAAUUGCAGCCAGCAGCAUCUGAUUUAAAUAAUCAUUUAAACAAGAACAAGAUUAGUAAACAUAAAAGGUUCAUUAAAGCUAGAUUAGAUUAUCCGGAAGAUUUUAGCGAUGAAUUUGUGGAUGUAUACUAUGAAGUAAAAAUCAAAUCAGAAUUCCUUCUCUUUAGUAAUGCUGUGAGAAGUGACAUUGAUCUUUGGGGAACUGGUGUUUAUUGCUCUGGAUCUGAUGUUUUUAAAGCGCUUGUACAUUCACAUCCUAUUGAAUUGACAGAAACACCCCCACCUUAUGAUGUAAUUGUAACGUUAAAAAUUUUAGGUCCACAAAAGAAAUUUGUUGGAUCUGAAUCUAAUGGUAUAAGUAGUCUUGAUUACUAUGAUUAUAAUAGAGCUUUUACUAUCGAAGAUUAUGUGAUCGAAAGGGAAAAUAAUGAGAUUGAUGAAGAAAAAAUUUUUGUUUCGAAUGUUGAAUUAAGUAAAGAUCAAGUUAUCAACAACAAUGAUAAAAUAGUGGUAGUAUUCAAAUCGGGAUUUCUAACCAUUAAAAAAGCUAUUGAAAGUCAAUCUGUAAUUUGGGGAACUAAUGUCUAUAGUCAAGAUUCUGACCUUUUAAAAGCGCUCAUACAUUCAAAGCCGAUUAAAUUAACGGCCAACCCACCACCUUAUGAUAUAAUCGCAACAGUGAAAGUUUUAGGCAAGCAACUUCGCUUUAUAGGAUCUUUUUCUAAUGGUGUAAAUAGUGAUGAUUUUGACGCGUGGGAUAGGGCUUUUAUUGUUGAAGAUUAUCAGAUUGUAAUGAAUCAGAUUAAAGAUGACGAAGAGAUCGAUUUAAAUAAGAUUACUAAAAUCAAGGUCGACAGCCCAGAUGAAAUUGAUUACACUAACAUAGGACAUUUUUACGAAGUGGUAUUCAAAUCAAAAGAACUUACAUUUGAUUAUGUAUAUAGAAGUGGUGGUGAUGAUGUCUGGGGUACAAAUAUUUACUGUGGUGAUUCUGAUGUUUUAAAAGCACUAUAUCAUUCAAAGCCUGUUAAAUUAACGGAACAUCCGCCUCCUUAUGAUAUUGUAGUAAUAGUGAAAAUUUUAGGUGAACAACCUUGUUUCAUUGGAACUUAUUCUAACGGUAUUGAAUCUCUUGAUUAUAGUUCUUAUGAAUAUAGUUUCACUAUUUUAGAUUAUAAGAUUGAUAAACAUGACUAA